GCAAAUAUUCGGUAACGGUGGUGCGCGACGAGGGUGAGAAAAAAAGCAGUGUCGCGAAAACGCGAAUUUGGACAGGCUUAGUGGACACGUGGGCUAUGUGUCCGUCUCACGUCGCGGCUACACGCGUCGUUGCACGGUCUCGUGGCGUCGCGGUGUCGUUACUCGCGGCGUUCCUCGCAAUUACGCAAUGACGAGACGUCACGAUGUGGGACAUUGCGUGUGAGGACCUUUGUGACGUGCUUGGAUCGAAUGUUUUUAUCUCGAUGGUUGAUCGUCGAUGAACAACUGUUACCAGCAUGAGUUUUUGGUCCCGCAGACGAUUUCGUAUCACUCCGCUACGAGCGUUGGUGGCGUUGUUUCUGAUGGUCAUGCUGUUCUGGUAUAGCCUCAGUCGGCAAGUGACACCCAAGCAACCGUGCAGCGUACCCGAGGAGUUUACAGAGAAACUGCAUGAGCUUGCCUACAGGGUUCACUUGGUGCUAGCGAAACUGGGUAUCGUGCACUUUUUGUGCCUCGGAGGAUUGUGGGGUCAAGUUCGGAUCGGUCGUGCCUUACCAUGGGCACGUAAGGUUGAACUUUGCCUGGUUGAUACGCUUAGAGACGACGUUCUUAUCACGAAAGCAUUCCGUGAAGUUGGUUUGAGCGCUACAUACCUGCACGCGGCCGGCGUGUAUCGUAUCCAGGAGCACGAGGUCGGCGAAGAUGCACCCAAGGUAGAGGUCGUGGUCUUCGAGGAGGAUGCUGUGACACAAAUGGUAAGAAGAGUCGGUUGGUCAAGAAGAGUGCUGCCCCCAGACUGCGAGUUUUCCCCUAGCCUGCAAUGCUUUCCGCCUCAGCUCGUAAUUCCUCCUUUACCGGCCAAGCAGUUCGGUGGUCGAUUAAUCCCUGUCCCUAGAGAAGGCAUCGAGUUGCAGAAAUAUCACUAUCCCAACGACUGGUGGCUCGAGGUGAAACCCACUGACUGCACGGAGCCUCAAGAAACGAACGCGUAAUACUAGAUUUCGUAUUAGACACG